UAAACGGCUCUGUUGAAUUUGGGAAGGCAAAGCGGCAAACUUGCGACUUUUUUUAAAACAACAAACAAAAACCGCGAGUCGUCGCUGGAAUUCAAACAGCUCCGACACUCCAGCCUAUCUUAAAGCAUUCCGAAAAAGAAAAACCUUUUCUUUUUAUGGUAUCGGGUCGGACCCGACCCAUGGCAUCAACCAGUACCCUCUCGGACACCGCUCUCGAAUCCAACGGCAAACCAAACGAGCAAGAACCGCCCGAGUCCGAUGAGAUCGGGGUGUCGGAUCAGACCGGGCUCAACAAGGCCCGGGCCAGCUCGUUCCACGCUCGGCCCAGCUCGCCCACCUCGAGGAGCCGGCAAGGCUCGCCGUGCCACUCCCCGCGGCUCCGCCCGAGCCGGCUCAGCAACGACCGGUCCCAUGCGUCGUCGUUUUGGGAUCUCAAGGGGUUGGGGUUGGGGUUUCUGUGGGAUCAGAAGCAGCAAUUGAAGGUGAAGAGGAAGGCAACCAAGGCGUGGUAUUCUAGAAAGCGAGUGAAAGGGCUGGUGAGUCUGAUUGGAUUGGUGGGUUUGUUUUUCUUGGUGAAUUGGAUCAUGCUUUUGCGGUUACAGGAUCACGGGGUUGAUUCCAAAGCUGUGGUUUCGGGAAUUUCGGGUUCAGUUUCGAUUCGGGAGAAAUGGAGAAAGUAUGGUAAAGGUAAAAGACCACAGAAAGGUACUUAUGGGAGGAUGUUGGCUUUGGCUGCCCAUGCCUUGGCCGAGGGACAGAAUAAACCUGAGCCGAAAGAUUUGUGGCAGGAGCCUUUUGUUCCUGCUUCUGCUUGGAAACCCUGUGCUGAUCAAUGCAACUGGGAAGCGAGUGAGGGAAAUAAUGGAUACAUUAUGGUAACUGCAAAUGGUGGGAUAAACCAGCAGCGGAUUGCUGUUUGCAAUGCUGUUGUGGUUGCGCGAUUGCUUAAUUCAACUCUGGUUGUUCCCAGAUUUUUGUACAGUAGUGUAUGGAGAGAUAUGAGUCAAUUCAGCGAUAUCUAUCAGGAGGAGCAUUUUAUUAACUACUUGACUCCUGAUAUUCGGAUAGUGAAGGAACUUCCUGAGGAUCUGCGGUCAUUGGAUUUGGAGGCCAUUGGUAGUAUUGUGACAGAUGAAAACAUCAUGAAAGAGGCCAAACCAAGUUUCUACUUGAAGAAGAUCCUUCCUAUCCUAUUUAAAAAUAGAGUUGUCCAUUUUUUUGGAUUUGGGAAUCGCUUGGCAUUUGACCCAAUUCCAUUUCAGUUGCAGAGGCUUCGAUGCAGAUGUAAUUUUCAUGCCCUGCAAUUUGUUCCCAAAAUACAAGAAACUGGAGCUUUGCUUCUUCAAAGGUUACGCCAGCAUGAUGGUCACCCUGGACGACUGGAUCAUUAUCUUAUUGGUCAAUCUGCAGAAUCAAUUAAGAAGGAGAGCAACAAUCGUGCUAAGAAAGCUUCCAGAUAUCUAGCUCUACACCUGAGAUUUGAAAUUGACAUGGUAGCACAUUCUUUAUGUGAAUUUGGUGGAGGUGAAGAAGAGAGACAAGAGUUGGAAGCAUUUCGGGAAAUCCAUUUCCCUGCAUUGACACUUCUCAAGAAGACCACAAAGUUACCUUCUCCUGCAGAACUCAGGUCAGAAGGCCUUUGUCCUUUAACACCGGAGGAAGCAAUACUUAUGCUUGCUGCUCUUGGUUUCAAACGUAAGGCACAUAUAUUCGUGGCAGGUUCACAAAUUUAUGGAGGUCAGUCGAGAUUGGCUGCUUUGACCAGCUUGUAUCCUAAUUUGGUUACUAAAGAGAAGCUGCUUUCAUCAACCGAACUUGAACCGUUUGUGAAUUUUUCAUCUCAGUUAGCUGCGCUGGACUUCAUAGGCUGCACUGCUGCAGAUGCAUUUGCCAUGACCGAUUCAGGGAGUCAGUUUUCAUCUUUAGCAUCGGGGUAUCGAAUGUACUAUGGUGGAGGCAAAAUGCCAACAAUAAGGCCAAAUAAACGCAGGCUUGCAACCAUCUUUUUGAAGAACUCCACCAUAGAAUGGCGUGUGUUCGAGCAGAGAGUGAGGAAGGCUGUUAGACAAACUAAACAUGUCCAGACAAGACCAAAGGCGAGGAGUAUUUACCGGUAUCCAAGGUGUAAAGAAUGCAUGUGCAGAUUAGAUUAAUAUGGUUACUAUAACUGGAAUGUUACUACCAACUGUAAUAUGUGACAAUCAUUUAUCAUUCUUUUGUUAUGAUUCAGGCUUGAUGCCAAUAGUCUAAUAAACAGUUCAAUAUUCAUUAGUUUU